CGGAACGGCAAUAUUACUCCACAAAGUCGUUUCGAAAGAUUCUUGUCGACAUCAUGAAAUCUCUCAAUUUCUUUUCUGCCUCUUUCGCUCUGUCUAGCGCUCUCUUGGCACAAGCGGCUCGGCCCUUGGAGAACCUCGGCCGAGGCGUAGUAGCUGUCCGCGCAAACGACGAAGAAACCUUGGUCACCUGGCGCCUUCUUGGACUCGAUCCAUCAGGAAUUGGCUUCAACGUCUAUCGCGACACGGGGAGCUCUCCGACAAAGCUUAACGAGCAAGUCCUCACGGGCGGCACCAACUUUCUUGACUCUACCGCUGACCCGAAUGACGUUAAUACCUACUUCGUGCGGCCCGUCGUUGGCGGCAAAGAACAAGUAGCGAGCGGAUCUUUUAGUCUGCCUGCCAAGAACGCGGUCGAGCCGGUUGUCCGGGUCCCCAUCCACAGCGGCGGCGCUGUCAAGUUUGUCUGGGUUGGCGAUCUUGACGGAGAUGGCGAGUGGGACUACGUUCUCGACAGACAGACUUCACCUCAGACUAUCGAGGCCUACACUAGCAACGGCACUUUCCUUUGGGAAGUUAACCUGGGCCCGAACAGCGAGAACCAGAACAAUAUUGAGCCAGGAUCUUCGACCAUUGACGUCGGCCACUGGGACGGUGUCACUGUUUUCGACUUCGACAGCGACGGACGUGCGGAAGUUGCUAUUCGUAUCGCCAAUGGAGUUGUGUUUGGAGACGGGAAUACGUUCGACGAUGGAGACACAGAUAAUCAUCAAUCCAUGGCCAUCCUGGACGGGCUUACAGGAGCUCUUCGCGCCUCCGCCCCGGUUCCUACGGACUACAUCAACGACGGACCGCUUGCUGCCCGUCUUGGUGCCGGAUUUCUCGACGGAGAGACGCCUCAUCUCGUUGCGUACAUGAAGAACCGUAUUGGGUCUGGCGAUUUCAACUUGAUGUAUGUGACCUGGACCUUCGACGGCACAUCUCUGAAACAGAAGUGGAAGUGGAAUUGUGGUGACAAAAACUUCCCCGACGGGCAUAACACACGCAUUAUCGACCUCGACGGGAACGGCAAGGAUGAAGUCCUCGAGAUCGGCUUUGCUCUAAAUGGAGACGGCACGGAGAGGUACACCCUAGGUGACCAGGGCAUUAUCCACGGCGAUCGGUUCCACCUCGCCAAGAUUGACCCCGAUCGUGCCGGUCUUCAGGGGUAUGGCGUGCAGCAACGAAACCCAAAUCUCAUUUACGAGUACUACUAUGAUGGAUCGUCCGGUGAGAUCAUCUGGAAGCAUGUCGGCGACAACGUGACCGACGUUGCUCGCGGCAUGAUCGAUGAUAUUGACCCAACCCAUCCUGGUAUGGAAGUAUGGUCGUUUUCGGGAGUCUACAACGCCAAAGAGAAUGAACUCACAGACGCUUCCAAUAGUCUCCCUCGCAUCUUGAGAGUCGGCGAUUUUGGUGGGGUGACUACCGGAAGAUAUCCUAAUUUCAUUGGUGACAUCCUCGGUGACUGGCGAGAGGAGGUCAUCGUCACGAAUGAAGCUGCCGAUGAGUUACUCAUUUUCACGACAGAUAAGUCGAGCGAUAUUCGCUUGUAUACUCUGGCUCACAAUCCUGCAUACCGCAAUGCAAUAACUCUGAAGGGAUAUAUGCAAUCUCAUCAUGUCGACUACUUUCUUUGAAAGGACAUGAAGACACCACCGCAGCCAAAGAUCCGAUAUACAGUCGCUAGGUAAGGGGAGAUAUCAGAAGGGUAACUCAGUACAAUGACGAGCAAGCUCCUACUGGAGUCCGCAAAGGGUGGCAGUACAUAUUCAGUCUCAAAUAAGAACUUUUGCUUUGUGUGUGAGAAGCUCUGACAAUCCUUAACGUAGGGAAUGUGACAUCCAUAGCUCAAUUUAAGGUUUUCCGAC